UUAGGAGCCACCCGCCAUUGCAUUUUUCUCCCCUUUCUUCGCUUAUUCAUUCUUCUUCCCACCACAAAAUUCUCUCAUCUCCACCAUCAAAAUCCUUUCUUUUUUUAAGGGUUUUUAUUAUUUUCAACUUAUAUAUCUUCUUCAUUAUAAUUUUCCUUCACAUCUUUAGAAUCUUUUUAAAAAAAAAAAAAAAUCACACCUUUUUCCAUCUGGGUUUCCUAUAAUUGUGCUUCUAGCUCCACUUUCUUGAAUUUUCUGAGGUUUAUUCAUUAGGGUUUUGUUUAAUUUGUUCAAUUUCAAGAAAUCUUGAAAAAAAGAUUCAAUCUUUGUAAUUCUUGAUCCAAUUCAAGUCCUUGUUUCUUGAUUGUGUUGCAAGUUUUCUUGUGGGGUUUGAUUGAAUUUCAAGAAAUCUUUAUAUGCAUGCUGUAAAAGCUUCUAUAUUUGAUUGUUAGGUUUUAAAAAUAAAAAUAAAAAUACCCUUUUGUUUUUUUUUUAUUAAAUAAAGUAUGGAUUUGAAGAAAUAUAGAGAAGAAAGUGAAGGUGAAAGUGGUAUCAUGAGAUCAGAAUCAAGAAGCCUUGGUUCAUCCCCAAAGAAUUCAAGUGGUCAACUAGGGUCAAAGUCAAAGGAUUUGGGUAAUAUGAGUAAUAAUAAAGAUUCAUUUUUGAGGGCUGAUAAGAUUGAUUUCAAGAGUUGGGAUGUGCAAUUGGAUAAGCAUUUGAGUAGGGUUUGGUCAAGAGAUAAAGAAAAAGAAACAAAUACUAAAAAAGAAGAGUGGGAAAUUGAUUUGGCAAAAUUGGAUAUUAGGAAUGUUAUUGCUCAUGGUACUUAUGGUACUGUUUAUAAAGGUGUUUAUGAUGGUCAAGAUGUUGCAGUGAAGGUAUUGGAUUGGGGAGAGGACGGUCUUGCCACUGCUGCCGAGACCGCAAAUCUGCGUACGUCUUUUCGACAAGAGGUUGCUGUGUGGCAUAAGCUUGAUCAUCCAAAUGUCACCAAGUUUGUUGGAGCUUCAAUGGGAACCUCGGAUCUUAAGAUCCCGUCAAACAACACGUCAAGUAUGGGUCAAAACUCGCUACCGUCUAGGGCUUGUUGUGUUGUAGUAGAGUAUCUUCCUGGUGGGACCCUCAAGAAAUAUUUGAUCAGGAAUAGUAGAAAGAAACUCUCUUUCAAGAUUGUUGUUCAACUCGCUUUAGAUCUCUCUAGAGGUUUAAGCUACCUUCACUCUAAGAAGAUUGUGCACCGGGACGUUAAAACUGAAAAUAUGCUCUUGGAUUUGAAUAGAACCCUAAAGAUUGCUGAUUUCGGAGUUGCUCGUGUUGAAGCUCAAAACCCUCGAGACAUGACCGGUGAAACGGGAACACUUGGUUACAUGGCACCAGAGGUUCUUGAUGGAAAGCCUUACAACCGGAAAUGCGAUGUCUAUAGUUUCGGCAUAUGCUUAUGGGAAGUGUAUUGUUGUGACAUGCCUUAUGCUGAUCUGAGUUUCGCCGAAGUAUCUUCUGCGGUUGUUCGUCAGAAUUUACGGCCCGACAUUCCUAAAUGCUGCCCGAGUUCAUUUGCUAACAUUUUGAGAAAAUGUUGGGAUGCAAAUCCCGACAAGAGACCCGAGAUGGAUGAGGUCGUGAGAUUGUUAGAGGCGAUAGAUACAAGUAAAGGUGGCGGGAUGAUACCCGAAGACCAAGCCUCGGGUUGUUUUUGUUUCACUCCGAGACGUGGCCCGUGAUCCGUUUUCCUCAUGUUAUGAAUGUCACAAACAUUUUGUUUUUUUUUUUCCCAAAUAUUUUGCAUAAGUUUACAACUUUGUAAACCAUUGGUAGUCCCUUCACAAAAUUUUGUCAACUUUCAUUUAAAGAUUUGCUAUGCAAAUUUUAUGCAGUGGCUACUCAUAUGCUUUUUGUUUUGUUAUAUAUAUAUAUUUUAUAUAAUAAUGAUUGAUUAUACAUU